AGACCCUCCGCAUGCCCUCUCGCCUCUCUCUGGGGGUAUAUAUAGCCUGAGAGGGGUCCUGAACAGUCCUGGCAGUCAAAAUGAGGCUUUUCCUCCCCGUCUGCUGCCUGCUGCCUCUACUGGCGCUCGCCACUGCAGAUGCAGUGGAGUCUGAGAGUGAGCCGCUUGUGCCGUUCCAGCUGAAGUCUGAAGGUGAGCUGUUCAACUGCUGUGAUGGCACAGACUCAGAGGAUCUAAGCCAGAGCUCCUCCAAUGACACCCCUGCACCAAACAGACCUGUGUGCCAACCCUGUGGCACUGGUGCACAUAUUGACACCACGGCAGAAGAUGUCAGCUCUGAGGAUCAAGAGGAAGAGGUGGUUUCAGAAGAGAAAUCUGAAGAGUUGAAUCAAGAGGAGACCUCUUCUGAAGAGAUAUUUGAAGAGGAGGCACCGGAAGAAGAGGCAGAGGUUGAGUUAGAUGAAUCUGAUGAAGCGACGGAGGAGGAAGUUCUUGAGGAGGCACGUGAAGACGUGAAGGAGGAGGAGAUCUCAGAGGUAGACAAUGAUGUAGAGUCACAAAUAGUUGUUGAGGAAUCUGUGGAAGAAGACGAUGAGGAAGAUUCUCAGACCCAUGAGGAGGCAGUUGAGGAAGAGGAUGUUCUUCAGACUGAAGAUGAAGCAGGUGAAGAAGAGGAACUUGCUCAGACUGAAGAGCAAGUGGAAGAGAAAUCAGAAGAAGUAACGGAGGAAGAAGCUGAAGAAGAGGAAGAAGAAGGAGCUCCUGAGGUUGUGGAAGAAGAGCAAUCUGUUGAAGAACCAGAAGCAUUUGAAGAAGUUGUGGAAGCAGAACCAGCUGAGGAACUAGUUGAGGAGGUUGUUGAAGUAGCACAAGAGGAAACCGUGGAGCUUGUGGAACCAACUCCUGAACAGGUUCAAGAAGAUGUUUCUGUACCUGCUGAAGAAACAACAGUGGAAAAAGUGUCAGAUAAUGUUCCAGCAACCAAAGCGUCUGCGAAAGUGGCGAAAUCAACCCCCUCAGGUCCUACCACAAGAGAUCAGUCUCACAUCGAAGAGACGCUGCGUCUGGCAACAGCUGAACCUUCACGGGAAUUUGUCGAUGCUCUGAGGAAGCUGCAGCAUGUCUACAACACUGCAAUUAAACCCAUGGACAAGGCCUACAAAUACAAUGAGCUCCGGCAGCAUGAAGUGUCAGAUGCAGAGAUCACCUCUAAGCCCAUGGUCCUGUUCCUGGGUCCUUGGAGCGUUGGCAAGUCUUCCAUGAUCAAUUAUCUUCUAGGUCUCGAUGACACUUCACAACAGCUUUACACUGGGGCUGAGCCCACAACCUCGGAGUACACUGUACUGAUGCACGGUGAGAAGUUUCGCACCAUUGAGGGCAUUGUCAUGGCGGCAGACAGUUCCCGCUCUUUCUCUCCCCUGGAGAAGUUUGGUCAGGGGUUUCUGGAAAAGCUGGUGGGAAUCGAGAUGCCACACAAACUCCUGGAGCGCGUCACCUUUGUCGACACACCUGGAAUCAUCGAGAACCGCAAACAACAAGAGAGAGGGUACCCCUACAGCGAAGUGUGCCAGUGGUUUAUCGACCGUGCUGAUCUCAUCUUCCUGGUGUUUGACCCAACCAAACUGGACGUCGGUUUAGAACUAGAAAUGCUGUUCAGACAGAUGAAGGGACGCGAGUCACAGAUCCGUAUCAUCCUCAACAAGGCUGACAGUCUAACAACCCAGGACCUAAUGCGUGUGUACGGCGCCCUCUUCUGGAGCAUGGCACCCUUGAUUAACGUGACAGAGCCACCACGUGUCUACGUGAGCUCGUUUUGGCCACAGGAUUACGCUCCUGACACCAACAGAGAUCUUUUUAAGCGAGAGGAGAUCUCUCUGCUGGAGGACCUAAAUCAGGUCAUUGAGAACCGGCUGGAAAACAAAAUCGCCUUCAUUCGGCAGCACGGCAUCCGAGUGCGCAUCCACGCCCUCCUGGUCGACCGCUACCUGCAGACCUAUUAUGAGAAGCUGGGCUGGUUUAGUGACCCACAUGAGGUUUUCAACGAUAUUGUCAACGACCCUGACAAAUUCUACAUCUUCAAGUCCAUUCUGGCCAAGACCAAUGUGAGUAAGUUUGAUUUGCCAGAACCGGAGGCGUAUCGGGACUUCUUUGGGGUCAAUCCUCCCAGCGGCUUUAAGCUCCUCUCCUCAUACUGCAGCUGGUCAGGCGGAUGCCUGCUGGAGAAGAUCGAGAAGGCCAUCACAGAUGACCUGCCGGCUCUGCUCAGCAGUCUGGCAGAGAAACGGGAAGCCAAGGCAGAAGUGGCUGCAGAAACCAAGGAGAAACCCCAAAACCGUUGGAGGAGACAGUAACAGAAGAAUGGUGGGAGAGAGGUGCGGGAAGUAUGGAAGAGUGGCACCAAAGCAAUGAAUGAGAGUAUAAGUGACACGUAGAUGAGAUUCACAUCAAUGGAAAGCCAGUUAAACACAGUAUGUACGGAGACUCUUACCACUCUGUAUAAAACAGACCUGAACGGUGGGAUUCGGUGUCCUAUUUUUCCAUUAUUCUUUUUCUUCCUUGUUCUAAUUUAACUUAGCUAGCAAAUUUUACUUAUUUAUACUAUGUUCAAAACAAAUAACCUGUCAUAAUCUUAUUUAUUUAUUGUUUGAA